UGAGUGGAAGACUGCCGGUCAUUGUGAGUGGCAGAGCUGUAGCCUUCUCACAACAAUGCCCCUUUAAGAUGUCUUCUUAGUUCACUAAUCGAGUAUUGCGUGCUAAUUACUAGCCUCAAACACAGGUGUUUGUGAGUACAUUGCUUCCUCUAAUCUUACAGGAACCAGAAGCAAAAUUCGACAGUAGAGCAUUCGUCCCAGGUUCCGCAAACAUGAGCACCGUUUUCCGCUCUGCUCCCAAAGGAAGAAGGGUAUCGAUCCAAGCUUUUGAGGUUGCCAACACAAUUGCCAGGGCCUCCAGUCUCAUAAAAUCCCUCUCCAAGCAAAGAAUAAGGCACCUGAAAGAGGGCGUGCUUAGGUCUGAAGGUGUCCGCUGUCUUAUUUCUGAAGAUUACAGUCUGCUGUCCAUUCUCGUUGAAGAUGAUAUACGAGAAGAGUUGAGACUACUUUGUAUAGAGGUUGCCCGGCUUGGAGAUCUGUGUGAAGGCCCUCAAUGGCACAAUCUCAGUAUCUGCAGAUGUGGUUCUGCACUGCCAUCUAAGAACAACUCCAGUGAAGAAGCACCUCCCAGUUUGCAGUAUCUGAUAAAAUUGGCACAAAAUACAUGGGUUCUGCGCCAAGAAAUGCUAGCACUGGACAGACUUGAGCACACUCAUUAUGUGGCAGCUAUUCCUGUUAAGAAACAAAUUGAUGCUAUCAAGAGCCAAAGGGGUGCGGUGAAGGUCUUGAAAAGGAAAUCGCUCUGGUCGAAGAGUAUGGAAGAUGUAAUAACGCAUGAGGAAUUGAGGACGAUGACUUAUGAUUAGUGCUUCUUCAAUCCAGCUAAAAGCUUUGGCAUUGGCAUCACCAGCGGUUCCUCAAAAUGCUCGGGUGGCUUUAUACCAAGCACUGCCUCCUCGGAUCAAACCAGUCCUGCAUACCCAACUGCGGCGGCGUUUUCCCCUCGGAGAAAAGCAGACCAUGACGGUAGCAGAGGUGAGAGCUGAAAUGAACAGGGUAUUGCGGUGGCUUGUGCCAGCUGCAGAAUCCACCAGGCUUUGCCUUCAAGAAUGGGCGAUGAAAGGGAUGGAGGGUGUCAAUGUUGACGAAACAAACUGGUUCGAACAAGAGAAUCAUGUCAGUGUCGGUUCCAUGCUCGCUCAUGCAGAUGCCAAAGUGAGCAAGGUAGAGACGCUGUACUACGCCGACAAGGAGACGACCGAAGGUUACAUAGCGGAGCUUGUUCUGGCUCUUCAUCUUCUUGUUUCGCUGCCUACGGAGGAGAAGUGAGUCCAAGCUGAAGGCACUGAUGAACAGUUGAGGCGAGCACAACUUGAAGCAUCUGAAUUAACUUAUCGUCGAAUCUACGCUGUCGAAGCAAUGAGGGGAUAAGGCAGAGCCAUGGAUGCCUGAUUUUUUCGCCCUCUUCAGAUGCGUCAAACAGUUAUAACGCUGAGGGAAAUGACCUGAUUCUUGUGAAGUUUCAGCUGUAAGCAGGCUCUCUGUUGUUUCUGAAACUUCUCCAAGAACUCUGUUCACUCAGUCUUAUAUAUAGACAACUAGUAAAUGAUAACCUCACAUUUGUGCAGUUAGAUUUUCUGCAUCUUUUUAGACAUGUUGCUUUAUAUUUGAACACGCUAUUGUAUACACAAAAUUUAUCCAGUACUUCUUAUCUGCUGUAUACAAAACAAAAUAC